UUUGUUAUUCCAACAGGAUGCUUCACUAAUACGAAAUAGUUAUUUUUUGUUGUUGAUAUUAAGCAGGUUUCCAUUGUUGUGAUGAAAAUAAGAGACUGUUCCUUUAAGAGUGCGAAGGCUGGACCAUCUCUGGACGGAUGUUAGUCUCCGCCAAUAGGAACCCUCUUUUGAGGCUGAGUCUUGCCAGAACAAAGAUCAAAUCAGGAGUUUCCUGGUUCGAGUCCUCUUUGUGCCACGGUCAUGGUGCGGAAGCUCAAGAGUGUCAAAAUUCGCAGCUUGGGUAGUGACCGUCAAUACGGGGUGGCAGGGAGAAGUCUGAAAGAAGUGCUGUUCAAAGCCUGCGGCCUUUUUCAGCUUCCUGUUUCCGACUGCCGGCUGUGUUCGUAUGAGGAUGGCGUGGAGCUGGAAAAAAAUGAUUUCCGGAAUGUUCCAAACAACACCAAGCUUAUCUUGUUAGCUCGAGGCCAGCUUUGGCAAGGCUACGUGAGCGAGAUCCAGCGCUUUCUUAAGGCAUCUUCCAGGCAGACGGAUGAUAUCAUUCAGGCAGCGAGGGGGCUGCUCUCUAAGGAAGAAGCUCCCAAGUGGCGGAAGCUUCUAGUGGACCUCAUUCAGAACCUCAGUGAAAAUAUUUCUGCUGAAACCAGAGAGGAGGAUGAGAAGUGGUUCGAAGGGGUCGAAUCUCGCUUUAAGACAAAAUCUAGCUACAUGCGUUACAGUUGCGAGAGCAGAAUCCGAGGAUACUUGAAAGAGGUUACCAGGUACACCUGUGCUAUCUAUCCAGUUGCCCAACCCAAGUAUAAAAGGCUCGUGGAAGCAAUGGUGGAGAAGCUGAAGUUGGAGAGAUACAACGGCUGUUAUUUUGAUAGAAGGGAAGACAAGAAAGCGUGUCUUUGCACAAGAGAGGGCUGGUUCUCUUGUCAAGGCCCUUUUGACAGUGAAAGCUGUCCUUGCAAACACUCCAUCAAUCCCUACGGAAACCGGGAAAGCCGGAUCCUCUUCAGCACCUGGAAUCUUGAUCAUGUGAUUGAAAAGAGACGCACUAUCCUCCCGACGUUACGUGAAGCCAUCAUGGCCCACGAGGAAGAGGAAGUCAACUGGGAAUAUUUCUAUCAGCUGUUGUUCACGGUUGAUAACUUGAAACUUGUGCACAUUGCCUGCCACAAGAAAGCCAACCAUAACCUUAGCUGUGACGAGACCAAGGUCUACCAAAAACACCUCCACAAGAUCCCAAGGGGACGCAUUGAGAAAGAACUUUACCAGGCGACUGUUUCCCAAGGCUGACGACAGAUAUAACAUUUUUGGAGUGGUGGGUUUAGGAGAGAAUUUGUUUCUGUUGCAUUGUCUAGUCGCCCAUUUUCUCCAUAUGUCAGAUGCCUUAAUUCUUUCUCUUGCCCCAAGUACAGAGUCAGUGUUUUUUG